AUGGACUUCGAGACGCGGUACGAGGCCAAGGUGCGCGAUUUCGAGGAGGCGAUGGAGGAGCCGCUCAACAAGCACUUGAAAGCCCACUACUUCCUGAAGAAACUGCGCGUGGGCGGCGACAAGGAGAGCCAGAUCAUCACUGGUGCUGGCAACGAGCUGGUCUACGAGAAACUUCGCGACUCGUCUAAAGCUUGCAUUCCUCGGGUUUCUAUGCUGAGGAAUCGGGCGGCGGCGCCGUUCAACGGAGCCAACCGCGAGUACCUGAACAGGAAUCGCCGGAGGCUCGGUAAACCCUUAGGCAGGGGCGGCGCCCGAAAGGUCCACGCUACCGAAAACGCCGAAGCCGAGGCUGAACGCGAAGGCGCCGAGGCCGAGGGCCCCAGCACGUCCGCCGAGGAGGACGACGACGACGAGGAGCCGGACUCGGAGGUCGACGCUGGCGUGGACCCGAAUAUCGCGGAGAACGAGUUGGUCCCUGAGGAGCUCCAGGCGUACCUCACGGAAAACGAGGUGCUCAUGACGCAGGCUAAGAAGGCGCGCGCCGAGGCUGAGAAGGCGCGCGACUUCUACCGUGGACCUGGCGGCAGGGCCAGCGGAGGCCGAGGCGCCGAUUCCGAGCGCAUCCGGAAGCUCAAGCUGACGCUCCCGUGUAAGCGAUGUGGCAGGCUGGGCCACUGGAAGGACGACCCUGAGUGCCCUCGGGCCCCGGGGAAGGCUAGCACGGCUGGUAAGGCGGCCGGUGCGGAAGGCAAGGGCACGCGGGUCGUAGCCCGCGCUGAAGAGCCCGCGGAGCGGGAGAAAGAACCGGCGGAGCCGGCGCACCUGGAUGGAGACUGCCCGGGCGAAGUCGACAAUGGCGUGAAGAUAACGCGCUUCAGGAGCGAGGAGGAAGAGGAGGCCUUUCCCCUAUGUCUCUCCCCUCCUUCUUCCCACCUCCAAGCCGCCGCGGGACAUCCGAUGUCCGUACUAGUCGCAGAAACGGGCGACGCUGUGUGGCUGAUCGUUGUGGACACGGCGUGUGCUAAGUCCGUGGCGGGGCUCCGGUGGCACCGGCGCUUGGCCAUCUACGUUAGGGAGAACUGGGGCAUCGAGCUCGAGACAGUCACCGAGCGCGAACCUUACCGGUUCGGACCGGGGAAGGCGAUCUACAGCUCCCAAGCGUUGCUGUUGCCCAUGGAAUGGGACGGCAAGGGGGCCGUGAUUAGGAUCAGCUUGGUGGAAGAGGACGUUCCGCCAUUGAUCUCGGGCGGAGCCCUGAAGGCCCUGGAGGCCCAUAUCCACGUGAAGGAGGCCGAGAUCACACUCGGUGCCCUCAGCAAGGCCAGGCACAAGCUCAGGGAGCUGCCGUCGGGGCACCUGGCCAUGGCUGCUGUCAGUUACGGACCUGGGGGGCCAGGAGCGGGCGCACAGGAAGCCGUGAGCCGCUGCCGGGCCGGGGCUGAGAUCACGCUGUAUGGGCGCGUCCGCGGAUCCCCAUGCGAGGCCGUGCGCCGUGCGCUUUACACGGACCCGUACGGCGAGCACGAGCAAGCGCCAUCUUCGGUGGCCCUGGGACGCGCGCGCGGGCAGAUGCCGCCAUGGCGCCCGACUGUCGUGCAGUGUCGCAGCGGAGCUGCGAGGGCGAGUGCGGCAACUCGGUUGGUAUUCAUGGCAUGGAGGGCUUGGUAUCAGGAGUUGUUGGUGGAUUACCUGGAGCGGGAGGUCCUCACCCUUCGCCAGAGGGAGGACACCCCUCGAAGCAUCUGGGAGAUGCGAAAGGCAGAGCUGGUGACGCUGGCCAUGCAGCGACUCGGCUGGCAGAGGGCCCGCGCGGAGGCAGAGACCGCUGGUCAGUUGAGGCUCGUGCUUCGAGAAAAGAAGGACGAGAUCCAAGCGUCGGAAGUGGAGAAAGACGACCCUCGAACAACCUUACCGACGGGCCUCACCAAUAUGAAGUUGGCGCAGCUGCAGGAGGAGGCCGCGGUGCGGCAGAUACCGCUGACACGGUCGAACGGCGCCGACAAAAGACGGGAAGAGCUCAUCCGAGACGUCAGGCUGUUCGUGAGCGAAGCCGUCGAGCGGUUCAGCGGCCGCGCGGGGGACGCGCCCGGUGCUGGCAGCCAUGCGAGCACGCAGGCUGCCGGCGGCGGGAAGCAAGGGCGCGGCAGCGCCCGAAACCGACGUUUGAAGGGCCCCACGGCGACGGCAGUGCGCAAGGCAUGCCUGGGCAUCGCCUCGGCAUGGUUGCUUGGGGUAGCCACCCUCGGGACCUGGCUCGAGGAAACUGGCGGCGGGCAGUGGGCCCGUCACCGUUGGGGUACGGACCGCGUGGACGUGGUCGAGUUCUUCGGGGGCGGCAGUGACGUCAGUCGCAUCGGAUCCAAGAAUGGUUGGUGGUGUCUCCGUCCUUGGGACGCGAAAUGCGGAGCCGACCUCGCACGGGAGUCCGAGCAGGCGGAGGCCUUGGGAAUGUUGAGCGAUGUGCGACCGAGGUUGGCUGUGGUGGAGCUCCAUGGCUCCUCAGUCGGCGGCGCCCAACGCGGUACUCACCAGAGCAAUGCCGAUCAGCAGCGACAACGAGCCGAGCGACGACGGCAGCGGUCGCUGAUGGAGUUUACCCGGAAGGUGUUCGAAGUGCAGGCGGAAAAUGGCGGUUGCGCCCUGGUGAGGAAUGAGUCAGCCAUCCACGCGGUGGAGGCCCUCCCUUCGGUUGAGGUAGUCAAGGGCGGCCUGUGUGUGAGAGGAGUCACGGGUCAGCCAGCGUGGUGGGCGACGAACUGCCCUGAGAUCGCAGCGGUGCUGUGGCGAGAGUGUUCCGUGGUGCACGAGCGUCGCUCGGGGGUCAACGACAAGGCCACAUCAAGCACUGGGCGACACUCUUUAGCGCUCGGUGUGCUUCGAGGGCUCAAGCGCCAUCUGACGCGCGCGGAGCCUGAGAGGAUCGGGUGGCGCGGACGGCUCCCGGGAACGCGGCCUUCAGGUCAGGGUCGCAGCGUGCACGAGGGGCGCGCGACGAAACUCGAACCAGGACCAGCAUCUUACCCCUCAGGGCUCGGAGAGACCGACAGCGGGAAUGCGAUCCCUCAGGGGAUUACGUUUAAGUUUCCAGACACUCCGAUGGGCAAGUCGCUGGCCCAGCGGAUGACGCCGGAGCUACGUCGGAACCUGCGUCGACUCCACCUCAACACGGGGCACGCGAGCCCCGAAGAUUUGGCUAGGUUAGUCGCCAAGGCCGGCGGCUCCGAGGUGGCGGUCGCGGGAGCCACAGCACUCCGGUGCUCCAGCUGUGCGGAACGCCCGCGAGCGAGGCCCCCGCGGCCCGCGCGACUUCGAGAGGACGACUUGUCCUUCAACGAGGUCGUGCAAGCAGACCUGUUCAAGAUUCCCGACCAGUGGGGAACAGGUUGGUGGUUCCUGUUGGUGCAGGACGUGGCGACGGGGCACUGCACGAUCGGGCUGAUCAAUGCGCACAGCAGCGAAGAACUGUGGGGGCAGUACGAGCGUUUGUGGCUCUGCUGGGCGGGGCCACCAGAUCAGUUCGUGACAGACAACGAGCGGGGGCUCGUCAGUGGAAGCUUCGUGGACGCCCUCUCGAGGAGCGGCGCCGCGCGCGACCCUACCGCGGCGUACGCGCCCUGGCAGAAAGGCAAGGUCGAGCGGAAGAUCCAGGAGGCAAAGAACGUGAUGAAGAAAAGCAUCCGGCACGCCCUCAACCAUUUCCCUGGGCAGUGCGGCUACAGCCCAUCACUGCUUCUCUUCGGGCAGAAGAUGAAGUUUGUCGGCGAGUGCUGGCACGAGGGCAAAGCGGUGAGCUAUCACCCAUGUGUGGCCGAAGAGGGCGAUCCGCUGGCACGGCGACUCAAGAUACGUGAGCACUGUCAGCAGUCGCUCAUCAAGACGCGCAGUCAAGAGCUCGUGCGGAGGGCCGUGGCCGCGAGGAGUCGCGGCACUCCGGCGGAGUGGAAGGAAGGCGAACGCGUGUUCUUUUUCCGGCCUUACCGCACGGAGCGUGGACGCCGGGUCAACGAGCCGGAGUGGUGCGGACCUGCUCUGGUGUUCGGGAGGCGCAACGACAACGUUUGGGUUCAGUACGGCGGCAAACCGUUUCUGGUUGCGCCAGAACACUUGAGGCCUCUGAGCCCAGAGGAGCAACACCUGGCGGAGGAUGCCGACCUCGCCCGGUCUCUGGACGAGAUUCGACAGGCUAUGAGCCGCGAAGAGUUUGAAGACCUCACUGGCCUGAAUGCCGGACCGGAUGAAUUAGCGGCCGCGGACGGACUCGUUCAGGGGGAAGCCUCCGAGCAGGAGCGGGAAGGCCCUGGGGACGGGGGAGUGGUCGAGGUAGACCCUCCUGCGCCCGGGGGCACCCCCAGGGAGGAGGCCCGAGACGAGGCCCAAGGCAGCGGACUGCCUCGGGGCGUGCCGCGCGAACUGGAACGCUUCAUCACCAUGCCAGGCUGGCAUGUGUGUGAUCGGGGCUGCCCGGUGCGGAGCCUCGGUGAGGCCUGGGCCAGAGUUACGCUGGGCGCGCGAUUCCCGCUCGAGAAAUGGCCGCUCAGGACGACUUACGAGAAAGACGGCGGCGAGUGGCGCUGCACAGAGCAUCGGGUCCGGUGGGCCCAGCUGACGAACCCGAGGGAGCUAUUGCGGCCGGCAGCAGAUCGCAUGCUCGUGGUGUUCGAAGAAGAGAAAAAGCGCCAGCGAGAGCCGACGCUCGCGACAGUCGAAGGACCCGCCGCGGUGCGGCGGACGGGCGAGGCCCCGAGUGGGGCCAGUUACCAGGCUCACCAGGUGAUGACGGCGUAUCACCGCGGGACGGGGUCCGCACUGCUGGACCGAAAGACUCAAGAUCGCGAGCUUAAGUGGGACGAAAUAGCGCCUAAGGAUCAUGAGGCGUUCCAGGCCGCUGUGGAGAAGGAGUGGGAUUCUUGGCUCCGCUACAAGUGCGUGUCGGUGCUGGAGCCAGAGGCCUCACAGGAAGUGUUGUGGACAGUGGACCGGAGUCGGAUCCUCGGGAGCGACAUGAAGCUCAAAGACAAAAAUGCCGCCCUAAGGACGCCCGAAAAUGAUCUGCCGCUCAAGGCUAAAGCACGGUUGUGCGUGCAGGGCCAGCACGAUCCCGACGCGAAGCUCGGAACAGUCAAGACGGACGCUCCCACGGUGCAGCGAUCUGGGUUCCACGCCUUCCUGCAGCAAUCGGCGAACUUGGGGUGGCUAUCUCAGUUGGCCAUCGGUAUGCUCAUUGUGCACGUGGGCGAUUGCAUGUUAGCCCACGACGGCAGCGCCGAGAUGCGUGCCAAGGAGGCGAGGCUGCGCGAACGUUUUCCUUUCGGGUCUUGGACGGUGGUCGCGCAGCAGGCCGAGGGAGAUGUGUACACCGGUCGUCGGAUCAGAGUGGACGGGUCAUGCGUCGAAGUGGGAAUGCCAGAGUUUGUCGAAGGGAGACUUGAGGAGGUGAAGGUCGACCGUCAGGCAAAAGGUGAGGACCCAGUGAGCCCCCUCGCGAAGGCUGAGUUUCAGUCAGCGACGGGGUCGCUCCACUGGCUGGCAAGCCAGUGCCGUCUCGACAAAGCCUACGAGACAAACCGGUUUCAGAAAUUGCAAAAGGCGCCCACCUGGUCCGACGCGAGAGAACUCAACAAGUGUAUUCGAGACGUGAAAGCCAGCGGAGGCGCUCGGCUUCGGAUCGCUCCCAUUAAAGGGAGGAUGGGCGUUGGCUGUUGGCACGACUCGUCCCUGUAUGGGAAUGUGAGCGAGCUCAUUGAGGGAGACGAGGACCUCAAACGGUUCGAUCGCCAUAAGGUGAGGUCCCAAGCCGGCGUGGUGGUGGCUGCCAUCGACCUCGACUGCUUGGAGCAGGACGAGCUGCCGAUAUCAAUCCUGGACUGGCGAAGCCGAGCCAGUCAUCGGGUGGUGACGUCGACGUUCUCGGCGGAGACGGCGGCGCGCCUAGAGGGCCACGGGAUGGCCUACUACAUGCGGGCGUUGCUGUGUGAGGCAACCUACGGCUGGAGCGGUACUCCUGUCGUGGAGUACGGUGAGGAUGAAAUGCCUCUCGCGCUAUUCACCGACUGUCGUAGUCUGUACGACCACGUGAAGGUCGAAGGGAACAUCCCCGACGAUCGCCGUGCGGACGCGAUGGAUCGCGGCGCGAGUGGUGCCGGCUCCGACGCGGGGCAUCGCAGCGGCCGCCGAGGCAAAGAGGCCCCGCGGCGCGGGGAGGAGCCGACGGCUCAGACCACGCGGAGCCGCAGCCGCGGCAAAGGAGAAGAACCCCCGCGGCGCGGGGAAGAGCGGCGGCGCUCGCCGGCGGAGCCAGCGGAGCCGGCGGAGCCAGCGAGGGUCGAGCGAAGGGCGACGCCCCCGAAACGCACGGGGUGCGGAGACGGUGGCGGCCCAGUGUGCUUCACCCGGCGCCACCUGGGGGGUGACGGGGAGAGUAUCGAAUCCUACCCGUCGGAGCACGCGGCGCUGAAGACGGCUGACCAUUUCAUGGUCUUCACGCAGCUGGAGGUGGACCAGCUGCCGAACUCGGAGUGGAGCCCAUGGGUGUCUAACUUUCUCAGGGUGGCGUACCCUGGGGCACUGGUGCCCGGCAAGGACAGCGCCGAGGAGUUAGCGUGCCGCUGGAACAACGUGGUGCACCAGGACGGCUUGAAGUACAAGCGCUGGGCACUGGUGAUGGACCUGCUCAAGACUUACCCGCUGGCAGCGACGCACUGGCAGGCGGCGGCGCAGCGGAGACUGAUGGUCAGCAUCCCGCCGCCAGCUGCAAGCGCACGGGAUGCAAACGCCAGAGACUCAGACUCGGAUUCGGAGUACAGUUCGGACGAAAAGCGCGCCGCGCCAGAGGUCGGCGCGGAGGCACGGGCCGAGGUUGAGCACGACGAAAGGUCCUGCUCGGCGCGGCGCGCCAGGGCGGAGGAAGACUCGGAGGGCGACGACGGGUCGUCAGGCCGACGCUCUCGCCGACCGCCUCGCGCCCGGAGCCCGUCGCCGGAGGCGCACGUCGAGGAGCACAAGGGCGGCAAAGGCUCGAAGGGUGACAAGGGUAAGAAAGGCAAGGGCUCGAAGGGCGAGAAGGGCAAGGGCACCAAGGGCGGCAAGUCUAAGAAGGGGCCUCUGCCGGGGUCGAUUCCCAGCGAAGUUCUCAACCCGAACAUCUGCCGGCUCUGCUUCAAGGAGGGGCACUGGGGCAACCAGUGCCCGGUGUACUACCAGGACGGGACGCCGAAGGAGGGACCGGCGCCCUGGGGGAAGCCGGCCAAAGCGCCAGACACGACGGCUCCGAAGUGA